AUCCAUAGCUGAAGGAUGGACAAAGAUGCAGCAUCGAUUCUACUAAUAUUGCUUUCAUGUCUACUAAUUAUCUUGGCCUAUAACGGCCCCUGUACUGCUGAUCUUCUCCAUCAUGAUUGCCCAGAUUCACGUGACUAUACGCCCAACAGCGCAUUCCAAAUUAACCUUAAUCUCCUUCUCUCGUCUCUUUCCUCUAAAAUCUCUCUCCCAAAUGGUUUCUACAACGAUUCGGUGGGCAGUGACAAGGACCAAAUCUAUGGACUUGCUCUCUGUAGAGGCGAUGUGACCAGCAAUAAGGCUUGUCAGGGUUGUGUUGAGGCUGCGAGUCAAGAGAUCCUCAAUUUGUGUUCUCAGAAGGAAGAAGCGAUAGUCUGGUACGAUGAUUGCCAAGUGCGCUAUUCGUUCCAGAUGAUCUUCUCCAGAAUGGUUUAUGCUGGAAAGUUUCCUCACUGGAAUGAUCUUCAGCCCACUGUGUUGAACCCAAAUCAGUUCCUUCAGAUUGAGAAUGAUUUGCUAAAUGAACUUAUCAUUCAGGCUACCUCAAAUUCUUCAAACAAUAGUUUUGCCACUAAAGAGGUUAAAAUCUCAGGAACUGGCAAGGUCCUUGGUCUGGUACAGUGUACUCCUGAUAUAUCUAGCGAUGACUGUAAAAGUUGCCUUCAACUGUCCAUGGCAGACCUCAAAGGAUGUUGUUCUUCACGUCAAGGAGGAAUGGUUCUUGGUCGGUAUUGCAAUCUGAAAUUUCAAGUUUCUCCUGAAAAGGCAGGGGGUACAAGGCUAGUUUCAUUUAUUGCUAUUGUGGGAGUACCCAUAUUAGUUUUUCUUGCCAGUGGCUUCUGUGCCUACCACCUGUGGAGAAGGAAGGGAAACCAAGAAGAGGAGGAAAUAAGCCAAAGCCAACAUCCACUAAGAAUUGAUGUGGAAGCUCAGACAAGCAGAAUAGUCUUCCACAGUAGUAUUCUGCAAGGGAAUCAAAUUGAUGACUCGUCAGAAUUGCCCUUGAUCGAUUAUGAUGCCAUAAGAGUUACUACAGGCAACUUCUCAGAUGCAAAUAAGAUUGGGCAAGGUGGGUUUGGCACCGUUUACAAGGGCACAGUAUCAGAUGGAAAGGAAAUAGCAGUAAAAAGGCUUUCAAGGAGGUCAUGGCAAGGUUUAGAUGAGUUCAUGAAUGAAGUUAAACUAAUUGCAAAACUUCAACACCGGAACCUUGUGAGGCUCUUAGGUUGUGGCAUGAAAGGAGAGGAAAAGCUGCUCAUCUAUGAAUUCAUGCCUAACUUCAGCCUUGAUGUUUUCAUCUUCGAUCCCGUAAAGCGAUCCCAACUCAAUUGGAGAACACAGUAUAACAUCAUCAAUUGUAUUGCCCGUGGACUUCUUUAUCUUCAUGAGGACUCUCGACUCAGGAUCAUUCACAGGGAUCUGAAGCCUAGCAACAUUUUGUUGGACAAAGAGAUGACUGCAAAAAUUUCAGACUUUGGCAUGGCAAGGAUAUUUUGUGAAGAUCAAAACACAGCUGACACUAAACGAGUUGUGGGGACUUUUGGAUACAUGUCUCCAGAAUAUGCAAUGGAGGGGAUAUUUUCUGUUAAGUCUGAUGUUUUCAGCUUUGGUGUUAUCUUGCUUGAGAUCAUAAGUGGAAGGAGAAACAACAGCUACCUUAAUGAGCAUGGUCAUACCCUCUUGGCAUAUGUAUGGAGACUAUGGAAUGAAGGGAAAGUCUUGUAUAUUUUAGACCCAUCAUUGAUCAGUUCAUGCUCAAGAAGAGAAGUACUGAUCAGAUGUAUACAUACUGGGCUCUUGUGUGUUCAACAAGAUGCAGCAGAUAGACCAACAAUGUCGGAUGUCAUAGUUAUGUUAGAAAGUGAUUCUAGAGAUCUUCCUCAACCUACAAAACCUGCAUUUGCUUUGGGAAGAGUUGUCAUCCAAACGAAUCAACCUACCUCUGUUAGAUCUUCUGCAAAUGCAGUUACUGUUUCUGAUAUCAUACCUCGGAUUGGAACAAUCAACUCCAAGGCUGUACCUGCAUUCCGAUGCCUCCAUGCCUGCAAGAUACCUUCAAAGGGCGAUAAAGCAAGGCUUCCUUCGACAUCGACUCCUCCUUCACCGCCGCUUCCGAUGAACGGAAUUACCCUUCCUGCUUCAGCACCGGCUCGUUCGCCUACUCAUGUUUCACCACGACCUCCGAUUAACGGAAAUACCAUUCCUGCUUCAGCAGCGCCUCCUUCGCCUACUCAUGUUUCACCGCUGCCUCGGAUUAACGGAAUUACCAUUCCUGAAAAACAAGGAAGCUCGUCUAGAAAACAAAUUGUUUUCAUUGUUGGGGCACUUGUCACUGCAGGAGUGAUUCUUUUCUCUGUUCUCAUGUAUUGUUUGCUAAAACGGAAGAAAAAGAAGAAUCUGUCAAUGGAGAGGCUGGAGAAUGGUGAGAACGAAAUUAUAACUCCGGAGUCAUUGCAAUUUGAUUUCAGUACAGUGCUUGCAGCCACUGAAAAUUUCGCCCAGGUCAAUAAGAUUGGUGAAGGGGGAUUUGGUGGCGUUUACAAGGGUAAACUUCCCAACGGACAAGAAAUUGCUGUUAAGAGGCUCUCAAAAAACUCAGGGCAAGGAGCAAAAGAAUUCAAGAAUGAGGUUCUGUUAGUGGCAAAGCUUCAACACCGCAAUCUGGUUAGGCUAUUAGGAUUUUGCUUGGAGAGAGAGGAAAAGAUCCUGAUCUAUGAGUUUGUACCCAAUAGAAGCCUCGAUUACUUCCUAUUUGAACCUAAGAAAUGCAUGCAGUUAGAUUGGCAGAGACGUUACAAGAUCAUUGAAGGGAUUGCUCGAGGACUACUUUAUCUUCAUGAAGAUUCCCGCCUUCGAAUUAUUCAUAGGGAUCUUAAAGCAAGCAAUAUCUUGUUAGAUGGGGAAAUGAAUCCCAAGAUCUCAGACUUUGGGAUGGCAAGAAUCUUUGGCGUGGACCAAACUGAAGCAAAUACAAACAGAAUAGUUGGGACUUAUGGUUAUAUGUCUCCGGAGUAUGCAAUGCGUGGGCAGUUCUCAGUGAAAUCAGACGUUUUCAGUUUUGGUGUAUCAGUUUUGGAGAUUGUAAGUGGAAAGAAGAACAGUAGUUUCUAUAAAAUAGACGAUGGUGAGGACCUUUUAAGCUAUGCAUGGAGACAUUGGAAUGCAGGGACAGCCUUUGAGUUGAUUGAUCCAAUCCUGAGAGAAAAUUGUUCAAGAAGUGAAGUGAUGAGAUGCAUUCAUAUUGGGUUAUUGUGUGUUCAAGAAAAUGUAGCUGACAGACCCACUAUGGCGAAUAUAGUCCAUAUGUUGAGCAGCUACUUAUUAAUUACUCCUCCAUCACCCUCAAAACCUGCAUUUUUUGUGCCAACCAGAUUGGAAACAAACAUGUUUAUAGAAGUGGGGGAAAUGCAAGAAGCCGGAUCAGGUCAAUCUGUCAAUGAAGUGUCAAUCUCUGAGUUAGAGCCCCGGUAA